GAGCUGCUAGGGAAUGCUACUCAUUUCCAUGGGGCAGACAAUACGCGCCAAGCCAAGAGAGGCGCUGCUGCUCCCCCGAGCCGCGCAGAAAGAGCGUCACCUAGAAGCCGCCCAGACCGUCGGAGCGACAGCUUUCCCGGCAAACCCAACCCGACAGCAGGCCAUGGGCUCGCGGGGGGUAGAGCUGGGUUUCGCUGAAGAGGCGGUGGAUCCUUGGGGGCUGCGUCGGGAGCAGUUCCCCUCCAAAGUCGGCGGGAGGCCGGCUUGGCUGGGCGAAAGUGGCCUGCCCGGCCCAUCCGAGCUGCGGUGCGGCGUUUGCGGGCAGCCUUGCGCCUUCCUCCUGCAGCUCUACGCCCCUCUGCCCGACCGACCUGACGCCUUCCACAGGAGCCUCUUCCUUUUCGCCUGUCGCCAGCCCGCCUGCUACCGCCCCGCCGGAGCCGCCCCGGGCAGUCUGAGAGUUUUUAGGAAUCAGUUACCAAGGAAGAAUGAUACUUAUUCUUAUGAGCCUCCACCUGAAGAGCCACCCCUGGAAGAGUUGCCUGGAGCAAUUCUGCAGUUGAAGUGUGGGACAAAACUGUGCAAAGUCUGUGGGUGCUUGGGUCCCAAAGUGUGUUCUAAAUGUCACAAAGCUUAUUACUGUAGCAAAGACCAUCAGGUUAGGGAUUGGAAAGCAGGACACAAACUGUCUUGUGCACAGUCAGAUCAGAUGGAUAUUGCUAUUUCAGAUCAUAAAUUUCUUUUCCCUGAAUAUGAAAUUGUAAUAGAGCCUGAAGAAAUGGAAUCAUCCAGUGUUGGUGAAACAGAACAGAAAGAUCUACAGAAAAAUAAAGGUCCAUCAUGUGCAGAUAGUACAUAUGAAGCAGUUGAAUCCCUAGAUGAAAACUUGUUAGAGGCAAUGGCAAAGCAUGAAACGGAAGAAGACAAGGUUUUUCAAAAGUUUAAAGAAAGAACAUCUUUGGAACCAGAACAGAUUAUCAGAUAUUGCAGAGAUGGGGAAGGUCCCAUCUGGAUUUCAGGGAAAAAUAUUCCUCUUGAGAUGGACAUCCCAAAUUGUGCAUGUGGUGCUAAAAGAGUAUUUGAAUUCCAGGUUAUGCCACAACUGCUGAAUCAUCUAAAAGUUGAUAGCCUUGGAGAAAGCAUUGACUGGGGAACUGUAGUUAUCUACACAUGUGCUGAUAACUGUAACUUGAGCAGCCAGUAUACAGAAGAGUUCAUAUGGAAACAGGAUAUAUCAAGCUCUGUUUAAUUUCUUCAUAAGUCUGUUUCAACUGGAUCCUUUUUAAAAACAGUAUAUUAAAACUCUUACCAGAGAAGCCUACAACUGUAUUAUUCUUGAAAAUUUACAUUAAAAUUGGAAUGUAAUGGGCAGAAUAAACAUACAUUUCUACUGUAGGGUGACUAGCAGAUUGUGCAAUGGCUGUAAAAGCAGGCUUUUAUGCUUCAAUAAAAUACUGUCAAGGUGAGAUUAGCAUAAUUACAACAGACUCAUGGUUUGAAAAAAAUGUACCUGAGCUUUGUUUUCUGUAUAGCAUAAAAACAUUCUCUAAAGUUUUAAAACAGUAAAUUUUUACCUAUAUUUGUAUCUUGUGCAGAUCUGGGUAUUAAAAAUGCUUAAACUGAAGUGGCUUAUGAAUGCA